AUGGCGGAAACUAAAAUAAUUUAUCACAUCGAUGAAGAGGAGACGCCGUAUUUGGUGAAGAUUCCCAUACCGGCCGAAAAAAUCACUUUAUUGGAUUUCAAGCAAGUCUUGAACAAGCCGAACUACAAAUUCUUCUUCAAGUCUAUGGACCAGGACUUCGGAGUGGUCAAGGAGGAGAUUUCUGAUGACAGCGCCAAGCUGCCUUGCUUCAAUGGACGAGUGGUGUCCUGGCUGGUAUCCUCAGAUGUUCCUGCAGCAGAACCUGCGCCGCCUCCUCCUGUGGAGGUUCGAACUCAACCCUCCCCUCCUCCUCCUCCACUGCCCCCCCCUCCAGCGGAGCGGACUGGGGGCAUCGGGGACUCUAGACCCCCCUCAUUCCAUCCCAACACUGCAGGCAGUGUGGAGACGCUGGACGAGCAGACAGAGACAGAAUCUGUCGUGUCCUUCAGAAGAGAGAGGCCUCGCCACAGAGAGAGCAUGGAGCCACAUGGGUCUCGUAUGAAUGGUCCAUCCCGCUUGGAGAGGCACUUGGCUGGUUAUGAGAGUGCCACCACGGUGAUGAGCAGUGAGCUGGACACCACCAGCUUCUGCGACUCAGACGAUGAUGACACUAUGAGCAGAUUCAGCAGUUCCACAGAACAGAGCACUGCCUCUAGACUGUUGAAGCGCCACCGUAGACGCAGGAAACAGCGCCCCCCAAGGCUUGAGAGGGCAUCAUCUUUCAGCAGCGUGACAGACUCAACUAUGUCUCUGAACAUAAUCACAGUCACUCUGAACAUGGAGAAGUAUAAUUUCCUGGGCAUCAGUAUUGUUGGGCAGAGUAAUGAGCGAGGAGAUGGAGGCAUCUAUAUUGGCUCCAUCAUGAAGGGAGGAGCAGUGGCUGCUGAUGGGCGCAUAGAGCCUGGGGACAUGCUGCUUCAGGUGAAUGAUAUUAAUUUUGAGAACAUGAGCAAUGACGAUGCAGUCAGGGUGUUGCGGGAGAUUGUGCAUAAACCGGGACCCAUCACUCUGACGGUUGCUAAAUGCUGGGACCCUUCACCUCAAGGCUACUUCACGCUUCCACGCAAUGAGCCUAUUCGCCCUAUAGACCCUGCAGCUUGGAUCAGUCAUUCAGCGGCUCUGACAGGGGCUUAUCCACCUUAUCCAGGAAGUACAAUUACGUCUAGCUCUUCAGUCACUGAGACUGAACGUUUUGAUGAGUUUAAUCUGUCUCUGCAUUCUGAUAUGGCAUCAGUGGCAAAAGCUAUGGCUUCUCCUGAGUCAGGCCUAGAGGUCAGAGACAGAAUGUGGCUCAAGAUCACCAUCCCAAAUGCCUUCCUGGGCUCAGAUGUGGUCGAGUGGCUCUACCACCACAUUGAAGGCUUUCAGGACCGCCGAGAGGCCCGUAAAUAUGCCAGUAACCUAUUAAAGGCUGGGUUCAUCAGACAUACUGUCAAUAAAAUCACCUUCUCUGAGCAGUGCUACUACAUUUUUGGAGAUUUCAGCGACUGUGAGAACUACAUGGCCAACCUGUCCCUCAACGAUAAUGAUGGUUCCAGCGGUGCUUCAGAUCAGGACACGUUGGCUCCUCUGCCGUUACCAGGGGCGACACCCUGGCCUCUACUCCAUUCUUUCCCAUACCAGUACCCACACCCGUACUCUAGCCAACCUCCUCCAUACCAUGAGCUCUCCAGCUACAGUUACGCCCCUGGCAGCACUGGUAGCCAGCACAGCGAGGGGAGUCGGAGCAGCGGGUCUACUCGGAGUGAGGGUGAGAGGAGAAGGGGCAGUAAGAGCGGAGCUGGCAGCACGGUGGGCGGCAGUACCCGUGACGACAAAUCUCCAAACGGGGGUGGGGCUGACUCACGUUCGGGCAGUGGCAGUGAAUCAGAAUACUCUGUGCGCAGCAGCCUGAGGCGGGACCAUGGCUCGGCAACACCCAGCGAGCACAGCCACGCCAGUCAGCGCUCACAUCAUCGGGCCCCGCCCCCUCAUCUGGCCCCAUACCCACCUGGCAUUCCCAUUCCCUACAAUCCAAUGAUGGUGAUGAUGGUGCCACAACACCCACAUCCACACCCAGCACUGGGAGCCCCGCACCCCCAGACAGCCACUGCACCACUACACCCCGGCAUGCCACCCCCAAACAAUCCCGGAGGACCUCCUGGGGCCCCUCCUACUCGCGACUUGGGGUCUGUCCCACCUGAGCUCACAGCAUCUAGGCAGUCUUUCCAUCUGGCCAUGGGCAACCCCAGUGAGUUCUUUGUGGAUGUCAUGUAGGGGAAGGUCAUGCUGGGGAUAAGUGUGCGUGUGCAGGAUGAAUGCAUGAGUCAAUGAGUGAAUGAACGAGUGACACUUGUAUGUGACUUUUAAUCAUAUAAUAACUGUGAGCCUCACUCAGUAAGUGACUGAGAUAUAACAUUUGGUAUAAAUGCAGGAUAGCUCUUUAAAGUUAUUGUCUAUCCUUGAUGGUAGGAACAGGGUUUCUGUAUAAAGCUGGAAGUCUUGCACAGGUUAGCAUCAACAAAUCUAACAUGCAUUCAGUCUUGUCGCCCUAAACUUGCUGUUAAAAAAAAAGUGUCUCCUUCUCCAAAUAUUGCCUGGAAUUUUUUUCUACAAAUAUUUCACAAAUUAUGCAGGGUGCACUAUACUAUGAUUAACAUAGGAAAAUCUUUGAGGCACCUUCCUACCCUCUGAAAAUAUUUGUCUUGACAUACUGCCAGAUACAAGUUCUUCUGAUCUCUGGGCUCAUUAGAGUUCCUGCACAGCCUGCAGAGAGGUAUGCAUGUGUUUUUAAAUGAUGCAGAUUAUUAAAAUCAUGUUUUUUCCAUUGAGACACUGUUAGGCUUUCACAGAGAAACUGAAACAGCAAACAGGACUCAUAUGGUUGCAAAGGAGUAGUCAUGCUGAAAACGAGAGAAAUGUUAAUCAACAAGUACAGAAACAAACCUCACCAAGUUUUAAAGGUGUUUUUAAUAAGGCAGCUAUGAAAUGGCAUUAUUAAGUGGUAUUUUCUCAAAUCCUUGCAACCAUGUUCCUCCAAGCUGAACGUAUGAGUUCAUGCUGCCUAACAUAACAUGGCAAUUAGUUCUGAAGGUCUGUUCUUCAUAAUACAUAUUUCAAUGUGUAAAAUGCAGUAAUUUGUGGUGAUAUUUUAAUGUGAAAACAGGGUUUGGUGAAUAGGACUACAAACAUUUUUUUACUCUGGUUAUUUUCUGUAGGCACGUGGGCUGAAGUUUCACAUAAGUCCACUGUAAUAAUCAAAAAAAAAGGUCCACAAAAGAAGUCUGAAUAUGUUGAUAGACUAGAAUUGUGGUACGAUCAGUGGUACUCUGAGAGGGAGAGUUAACACCAAAAAUGGUACUUGCGCUGAGUAGAACGAACUGUUUUUUAUAAUCCAGAUAUUUCACCUUUCUAGUCAUAUUUUUUGUAAGACUGACAAACAUAACCAUUUUUGUAUGAAUGAAUAUAUAGAUAUAAUCAAACCAUACAGGUGCUAAAUGAAGAUGUUGCGUCUCGAUACAGUGCCACUUUUGGGUGUCAUGUUGUCACUUUUGUGUUUCUUAUUCAAAAUAAAUUUGUAAUAGAA